AUGAACAGCACGUCGAGACUGGGAGAGGAGAGGAUCCCUCUUUCCUUCAAGGUGAUUGUGGAGCCAACACUGACUGAUACAAGGCCUGCGGGGACUUCUGGGGAGGACUUCCGUGCCAAUAGAACGGUACCGCCCCAGGAGGUAGUGAAGGAGCUGCAGGAGAACGUGGAUGACUACAUCGCCGCGCUGAAGAAUGAGACUACCCUGGCGACAAAGAUGAAGAAAGCAAUCGACGACAUCGCUGCUGUUGUUCAAAAUGGGAUCGAGUUUGAGAAAGAGAUCUCAGGGGCAGCUGUGGUGGACAUGCAGGUUCUGCUAUUCAAUACGAGGAAUAUGCUCAAAAACAAGGAGCGAUAUAUGUCUUCCUUCAAGAAUGAAAGCAACGAACAGCAGGGCGUCGCGCGCCGUCUACGGAGCACUAUGAUUAAGCAACAACGUAGCGUCCAGAUACAAAAGCAGUUUGCAAAAGCCAGCCUUUCUGAGCUCUCUCAAUCAUACAUAUCGACUUCGACUCGGGAUGAGACGCGGGUGACCAAUUACGGUGAUACAAGCAUGUCCACAAACGAUUCGCUCCAAGAAGAGCUGUCGUUUUUGCGCCGGCGAGUGGC